UGUGUCUCCUGGUGCAUAGGAAGUUAAAGAGAGAGAGAGAGUUUUGUGUUGUAUCCUGUGGAUAGGGAUCGCAGGGGAAGGAGGAAGAUGAGCAAUGCAACAGAGGGGAAAAAGUGAGGACCGCAGAUCAAGGACAUUCUCUAGAUCUCGCCUCGCCAUUCAAGGCUCUUCGUAGCUAACCCCCUUCCCUCCUUCUUCUUCUCUAUCCUCCUCUCUGCUCUGCGUUUAGCAUUUCUCUCUCUAUCAAUCUAUUAAGUCAUGGCCGCCCAAGGAGAAAGGGAGAUCCAGAAGAGUUACUGGAUUGAACACUCUUCUGAUUUGACCGUCGAAGCUAUGAUGCUUGAUAGCAAAGCAGCUGAGCUCGACAAGGAAGAACGACCUGAGGUAUUAUCACUUCUCCCACCUUUCAAGGGUAAAAAUGUUCUUGAGCUAGGAGCAGGUAUUGGUCGCUUCACGGGCGAAUUGGCAAAGGAAGCUGGUCAUGUUACGGCACUGGACUUCAUCAAAAGUGUGAUAAAGAAGAAUGAAAAAAUCAAUGGUCAUUAUAAGAACAUCAAAUUUGUAUGUGCUGAUGUAACAUCUCCAGAGCUGCAGUUUGCUCCAGAAUCAGUGGAUUUGUUAUUUUCGAACUGGCUCUUGAUGUAUCUAUCAGACGCUGAGGUUGAAGACCUUGCAAAAAGGAUUCUCCAGUGGGUGAAAGUUGGUGGAUAUAUUUUUUUCAGAGAGUCUUGCUUUCAUCAAUCUGGUGAUUGCAAACGAAGAAACAAUCCCACACACUAUCGAGAGCCUAGAUUCUACACAAAGGUUUUCAAGGAAUGUCAUCUGAAUGAUGGCAAUGGAAAUUCCUUUGAGCUCUCACUUACUGGUUGCAAAUGUAUUGGAGCCUAUGUGCGCAACAAAAAGGACCAAAAUCAGAUCUGUUGGAUUUGGCAAAAGGUCAUUUCGACUGUUGAUAAGGGCUUUCAGCAUUUCUUAGACAAUGUGCAGUAUAACUGCAGUGGAAUAUUACGUUAUGAACGUGUGUUCGGAGAAGGUUUUGUUAGCACUGGAGGAAUAGAAACGACUAAAGACUUCGUUUCAAAGUUGGAACUUAAGCCUGGCCAGAAGGUUCUUGACGUCGGCUGUGGCAUAGGUGGAGGGGACUUUUACAUGGCAGAAAAAUAUGACGUUGAGGUGGUGGGCAUUGACCUGUCCAUCAACAUGAUCUCCUUUGCUAUAGAGAGAGCCAUAGGAAGGAAAUGUGCGGUUGAAUUUGAGGUUGCCGAUUGCACCAAGAAGACUUAUCCUGAUAACACAUUUGAUGUGAUGUACAGUCGUGACACGAUCCUCCAUAUCCAGGAUAAACCUUCACUAUUUCGAACCUUCUUCAAGUGGUUGAAGCCAGGAGGCAAGGUUCUGAUCAGCGAUUACUGCAAGAGAAGUGGACCUCCUUCACCGGAAUUUGCAGAGUAUAUAAAGCAGCGAGGGUAUGAUCUGCACGAUGUGGAGGCUUAUGGUCAGAUGCUAAGGGAUGCUGGCUUUCAUGAUGUCACAGCCGAGGAUCGUACUGAUCAGUUCUUGAAGGUGUUACAGAAGGAACUGGAUGCUGUUGAGAAGGAUAAGGAUUCUUUCAUUGGAGAUUUCUCAGAGGAGGACUAUUUCGACAUUGUUAAUGGUUGGAAAGCAAAGCUGAAGAGGAGUUCCGGUGGAGAACAGCGAUGGGGGCUCUUCUUUGCCCAAAAGAAAUGAAUGCUUUAUGCUUUCAGAGUCUCAGAAGAUUUGGAUUUUAAGAUUUGAAUUAACUUAUAGCUGAAACUGCAAUGUUAAUGCUUAUUAGUUUGUAGGCCAUGUUGGAUAGAUGCCUGUUGUGUCGUUUUAACUUUAUCAGAACAGUGGGUUAAUGCUGCUUUUUAUACU